AUGGAGGAACGUUUCGAAAAUUUGGCGGGAGGCUUUUGGAUACUGGCAAGACCGGGUGUGGUGGCAGGUCGCAAAUUUGACGGUUUCGGUGCAAUGGCUCGCAUACGUCUGCCAGAUACCGGUAUUGAGGUGGUUGUUGUGGAGGGCACAACUGUUGUAAGAGUGACAGGUUUACUGUUAAGACUGGCAGAAGCAGACGGGGACAUAAAUGAGGUAGCUGGAGCAGUUGAAAUUGCAGACUUGGGUAGUUGUACCAUUCCAGCAGCGGCACUUGAGGGAGUCGGGUUUGUGGCUAAGUCUGCUGACGCGUUGCUGAGCGUGGUUGAGCCUCCAGUGCUUAACGGUUGGCCCAUCGCCGUGGGGGGCAUGGACGUGCCCGUCGGAACAUUCGACAUAAUACCAGACGGUGCAACCGAAAGCAUUAUCGGACCACCAGUCAACGGACCACAAUUAGCUAGCGCGCUUAAAAUUAGCUGCGUGGAGACGUUGAUGGUGUAA